AUGGCCGACACCCAAAACAACCAAGAAGCCGACGAGUUUGGCGCUCUGGCGCACGAGGGCGUCUCGAGCCUGCGUUCGCGCUUCGAGCAGCUUUCGCAAUCGGAGCGGCCGCCCGCGGGCGCUUCCUCGGCCACCGUCGGAUCGCGCCCGUCGUCGAGCGCCGGAUUUCCCCGCCCGUCUGGCGCACGCUCCCUAUCGGCUCGCCCGCCGCCCUCGCAGCAUGCGAUGACGGUCAGCGGCGGAGCCAGCGCCGACGUCGCCGCGACGCCCUCGAGCGCCGGGACGUCAUCGCUGCGCCAGCCACCACCUCAGACGUCGUCUUCGUCUCGCAGCGUGUCGCCUCUUCCCGGAUCAUCCGCGAGCUCCGCUUCCGCCGACGCCAACUCCCGCCCCGCCCACACCAAGAAGCCCUCGGAUCAAAAGGCGGUCAAGCAAGCGCCGACCGCGUUUGGCGCCGCGCCGCCCUCCCUCAUCAUCAACAAACCGGCGACCGCCGGGCAGCAUCAUCCCAGUGGCGGCCGCAACGCUGCCGCUGCCACUGCCGCCGCGACGCCACCGCAACCUCAGCAGCCUGCCUCGGCGCCGACAACAACGACCAAGGCGUCGUCCUCGACGACACCGAGCAUCAAGGUGCCGCCGCCUCGGCCGCCCAAGCCGGCGGAAAAGUUCAAGAUCCUCGACGAUGCCGACCUCGAGCACCUCCGCUCCCAGGCCCGCGUCGCCUCGCUCGCCAGCAAGUUCACCCAUGGCGCGCAGGAAGGCGCAGACCGUUUCUCGAUGGCCAUGAACCAGGCCUUUUCGAGCCAGCAUGCACGGCAGCGCUCCCAUCCGGCGGAAACGACGCUGCGCGCUCCGUCGCACAAGGACGCGCCGCCGCGGCCUGCCAUCCCGCCCAAGCCGCUCAAGGGUGACCCUUCAUCGGAUAGCCUGCUUGCCAUGCCCGGGACCAUGGCGGCGCUGGCCAUCGAUGCGGACGGAUACUCACCCGAGGUCGAUGGCACUUCGUCAGUGCUAUCAUCUGGCCCGUCCGGCGCGCCCCCGCCGCUGCCCUCGAGGACGCCUGACAAGUCUGCUGCCGACUCUGUGAGGCGACGUCGGUUCAGUCUGUCGGCCUCGAAGAGCACCGGCAGCUUGCCGCUACUGCGCGAUCCGCUGGACGACGAUCGUACACCUCCACUCCCUCCCCUUCCAGCCCGCCGCGGCCCGGGCGCUGCGCCAGAGAUCAACGCGGCGCCAUCCCCAGCAGUGCUGCCUCCGCCGCAGCGCGUCCAGCCGACCGCGACUGCGGCGGCUGCAACGUCCGCGCCGGUGUCUCGGAGCGUCUCCAGUGCAUAUUCCAUCCCCACGACGACGACGGCAUCCGGUCCCGAUGUUCCCGCGAGGAGCGGCACCGGCUAUACGAUCCAGCCACCUCCCCCGCCUCCGGGCGGCGCACGCUUGCUCGAAAGAAGCCACACGCAUAGCCGCUUCUUUUCGUCGACGCACUCCUCGACACCGGCCAGGCCUCCUGCCCGCGACGACGGGAGCGACUCGUCCGACGAGGACGAGUACGGCGAGAUGGCGGCCCACCUGCUGCCUCCAUCGAGCCUGGCAGGCCCGCUCAGCGCAGGACGACCGGCAGGCGCGCUCGGUAUGCCCUCGGCCGCCGAGCUGCCGGACACGUCGCGGGCGAACCGCCGAGCUCCCAAGUUCUCGCCGGACUGCACCACCGCUGCGAGGGCCGCCUUCCAGUGUUUUGCGGCUUGCGGGCACACGGUCGUCACCGGCAGCGGAGACAAAGUCAAGGUCUAUCGCGUCGGCGAGCUCGCCACGGGACUGGGCGAGAAGCUCUGCACGGUCGGCGAGCACGGCAACUCCAAGGAGCUCAAGCUGACGGCGCUCGAGUUCCGCCCGCCGAACCACGGUGUCCCUCCCGUCCCGGCCAUGGGGAUACGCUCGCACGGCGAGACCGCCGACGAGGGCCGUUACCUGUGGUGCGGCACGAAGGACGGCCAUCUCUGGGAGCUGGACGUGGCCGAGGCCCGCACGGUGCACUCGAGAGUCAAUGUGCACUCGGCGCCGAUCCAGCUUCUGCGCAGGAUCGGCAACAAGAUGAUCAGCAUGGACGAGUCUGGCAAGAUUUCCGUCUGGCUGCCGCAGGCCAACGAGGACCCCUCGCUGCAGGGUCUGCGCCUAUCCAACCAGCCCAUUACGCAGCGCAUCGCCCUCGAAAAGGGCUCGUUCGCGGUCAUGCUUGGCCAGCAGCUGUGGGUUGCGGGGCCCGUCAGCCCGCGCUCCGCCAAGGACUACAACGGCAGCAAGGGCCCUCGGAUCCGCAUCUACAACCCCUUUGCCGACGACAAGCCGUUCAACGCCACGUCCAAGGCGGUUAUGAUGCCGCCCGAGAUGGCCAACGGCGUCGGAUCGGUGACGGGCGGCACUAUCGUGCCCACCAAGCCGGAUCGCGCUUGCCUGGCCCACGACUCGGGCCACGUGUCGAUCUGGUCCAGGCAGACGUUCGAGUGCAUCAGCGUGCACAAGCUCGGCCCCGGCAUCACUGCGGUCGCGGGCGUGGUCAAGUACCUGUGGGCGGCGAACCGGAGUGGCAACAUCGCCGUGUACGACAUCGACGCGACGCCCUGGCGGGCACUCAAGAUCUGGCCGGCGCACAAGGAGCCGGUCAUGUCGAUUCGGGUCGACGAGCAUGGCAUCGGCAAGGUGGGCCGGCUGCAGGUCGCUUCCGCCGGCCUCGACGCGACCGUCCACCUAUGGGACGGCACGCUCAGCUUCGACUGGAUCCAGCUCGAGAAGAGCAAGCGCGAAGUCGAGUUCUGCACCUACCGCAACCUCAAGAUCCUCCAGGCGACAUUCAACGUCGAUGCGGCCAACCCGGUCGACCUCGAGACGUCUGCCGAGAACAUGGAGCUCUUCCCGAACAUGCUGCGCAAUGCCUGCGCGGUGGGCGGCGAUCCCAAGGCGGGCGGCGUGACGCCGGACCGUCCGCCGGAUAUCAUCGUCUUUGGGUUCCAGGAGCUCAUCGACCUCGAGAGCAAGAAGCUGACGGCCAAGAGCCUCCUGCUCGGUAGCGGCAAGAAGAGGGCCAACGACUUUGGCGAUCGAGUGUCGCGGCAGUACCGCGCCUGGCACGACAAGCUCACCUCGCUGGUGCGGCUCGCCAUGCCGCCGACGUGCGGCUACCUGCUGGUACAGUCCGAGUCGCUCGUGGGUCUGUUCACCUGCGUCUUUGUCAAGCAGGCGGAGUUCAAGCACGUCAAAGAGACGGCCAUCUCGACGGUCAAGACGGGCAUGGGAGGGCGGUAUGGCAACAAGGGCGCCGUCAUCGCCAGGAUGGUCAUCGACCACACGAGUCUCUGCUUUGCCAAUUGCCACCUCGCAGCGGGUCAGAAGCACAUCAAGCAGCGGAAUGCGGACGUCGCAGACAUCCUCGAGUCUCCGACCGUCUUCGACGACCACUAUGCAGACCCCGCAGCCUAUGUUGGCGGAGGCGACGGGUCCAUGAUCCUAGACCACGAGCUCUGCUUCUGGGGCGGCGAUCUGAACUACCGAAUCGACUUGAAACGCGACACGGUGCUGAGCGCCGUUGGCUCGAGCCGGCUCGGCCCCUUGGUCGAAGCUGACCAGCUGCGGCGGGAGCUCAAGAACAACCCCACCUUCCGCCUCAAGUCGUUCAGCGAGGCGCCGCUCAGCUUCCUGCCGACGUACAAGUACGACCGGGGCACGCACGAGUGGGACACGUCUGAAAAGUCGCGCAUCCCCGCGUGGUGCGACCGCAUUUUGUGGCGCUCGCACAAUCCGGACCGCAUCCGCUGCCUCGAGUACCGGCGCUGGGAGGCGACCAUCAGCGACCAUCGCCCCGUCACGGCCAUUUUUGAGGCCAAGGUCAAGGCCAUCGACCCGGCCAAGUCCAAGGUCGUCGAGGACGAGCUCAAAGCCAGGUGGGCCACGCUCGAGCACGGCAUCCUCGAGACUGCGGAAAAGUACUACGACGAUCCCGUCUGA